GAUUGUUUGCAGCAACCUGACAACAGGAGCGUAGAAUCCUACAACAUGAGACUCUUUGUAAUAUUAUCAUGUUUCCUGGCAGGCUGCCUGGCUCAGAAGCCUCACACAUGCUCAACUCCCCCUCUCAUGAGCGGAGCCCUCACUGUGUCCACACAGAAUGAAAAGCUUUGGACUUAUGCCAAAUACCUGUACGAUGGAUUAGGACAGCGGUUGCGCCUCGUGGAGCUGGGCACUUAUGAGAAUAAGUCAUUCACCUACGAUGCUCUGCUGCUCUUCAGAGAGGCAACCAUGUAUGAGAUUAAUGAGCAUGACCGUACCUGCAAGAAAAAGCCUCUGAAGGCAGACUUCCAGCCUUGGGCAGUCCCAAAAGAUGCGUCUCUGGUGGGCCAGGCUGUUGUGGGCAGCUCCUCUGGACCUGGACAAGGACUCCUGGUCAACACUUGGACGGGAAAUCUGUCCAAUAAAGCAGGAAAGUACAUGACCACAGUCACUGAAUUUGGAUGCAUUCCAGUCAGCACUGUGUACCACACUGACCAGUUUGGAUGGGUGGUGACCAGCUUUUUCAACAACGUCAUCGGAAUUCCGGAUCCUGGUCAGCUCAAUCCGCCAGACUUCUGCAUGGAUGCAGAGAUACAGGCUAAUGUUGAAAAGGAGCCGACAGAUUUCCUCAGCUUGUUCCUCAACAAGCAUUGAGAGGGCUUCCUUUAACUAAUGUCCGCGUCGUCUUUGUGUUUUGAAGUUUAACAAGUGGAGCUACUGAAUCGUUGUUUGGAUAUGUGGCAUACAUGACUUUAACUCAAGCAUCUUGAGUAUCUGUGACAAAAUCAAAUCAAAUCAAAUUUUUCUUUACACUUUUUUCGUUUCAUUUACCCAUUUCUGCCCUAAACCUAAAGCUGCACUUACAAAUGUUCUCAUAUCGACAAUGGAUUUAAAAAAAAACAAAAAAACCCAGCAAAUUUAGUGGUUGUGUGUGUGAAAUGCAUCAAAAUUAUGAGCUGGGUACAUGAAAACAAUUCAGGCCGUAUGACAAACAAACAGUUUCAUUGUGUAACAGUUGCAAUUUGGUUAGGUUUAAAAAACAAAAAAAAAUUAAUUGUUUAAUUUAUGGGAAAUUUCAUGGUUUUGGUUAAAGUGGUACAGGACCAAAGUGACAUAUAUUCUCUGCGUGGUUACAUAAAAUACUUUACUACUACUUACUACUUUACAGACUUUAUGUUAAAAAAAAGCAUGUAAAGUUAUGUAAUAAUGUUGACUUUUACAUUUUACACGGGACACAAACAACAGUUUCCUGGUUGAAAGUCCCCACACAGCUGUUCUGUAUGGCUGUGUGGCUUUAAUUUGUGUGUCCACUAUGGCGAAAGAGCUUCAUCAACAUUGCAUUUGCAUACUUUUCUGGUUCCCAGGAUGUAACUUUAACACAUUUCAUGCCACCACCACGUCAGUUGUUGAGUUUUUGUGUCUAUCUCACAUGUUGCCAUGAGACCGGGAUGCUCUUUCUAACAACCUGAGGAUGUGUAACUACAUGUCAUUAUUAUCAAUAAAAAAAAGCAUAUAUUUUA